CUCUCAUCAUCAAGAUGGCGGCGCCCAUUCGGUGUUUUUGCGCAUGUAGCAAAAAUGUUUUUUCUCCUCUUUUAGUGAAAUCAAAGCAUGUGCAUCUCACAACCAUUGCUUUAAUAAAAGAAGUUCAAACAAAAGAGAAGAUAGUGAUUCCAAAGAAAACAAAAAGAGAUUCAUUGACAGUGUUGAAGAUGUUAUCACAAACAGUUGGGAAAGAUCCAACUGCUUUUCCAUAUGGCUACAUAGAUGAUCCUUACCUCAUACCAAGAACAGUCAGUGAAAGGCGGAGGUUCUACUUGUCAAAGGAAUCAGGAAAACGGACUGCAAGAUAUGUUAUGAGCAAGUAUCCUCAACUAUUUCAAGCUUAUCAACAUGAUAAACCACGAAUAGAGAGCUACCACCUGAAGACAGGGGAAUAUACAUCACAGGAGCCGAGUGAAAUGGCGUUGUUAGAGAGGAUCAUUGGACGAGAUGUUACAGAAGCUGUGGCUAUGCACAAGAAACUUUUAGAUGCAGGGGUAAAGGUAUCAUUAUCAGUUAACAAUGAACUUUUAGAUCUUCUUUGUUACUAUGACAGCCAAGAUCCACCAAGUGAAUUUCAUGACAUUGAUAGCAUUCCAGAGGAAAUUAAAGAAUUGGGAGAAGAAGAAGCUGUAACUCAAGAAGUGGAAGUUAAAGAGGAAAACCAAAGAUGGAAAGAUGGAAAUGAAGCAGAACAGCUUUUUGGAAGCAUGGAAGAAAAGGAUUCUAGAAGUUACAACACAAUGAUACGAGGAAUGGUCAAACAUCAGGCCUUUGGCAAAGCAUUCCAUCUUUACAAUGAGAUGCAAGAGAAAGAUAUAAAGACCGAUGUCCAUGCUUACACUAGUCUGGUACAUGCUGCAGCUUUCAUCAGAUAUGAUCAUGGCCAGAAGUGGCAAAUUAUUGAACAAUUGCUAAAACAAAUGCAGCUUGAAGGCGUCAGACCAAACCUAUUAACUUUUAACACUGUUUUGGAGAGAUUGCUAAGGAUGGGUGGUAAAGGAAGGCAGAAAGCUGUACCAUUAGUCAGUGAGAUGAAAGCAAUCGGUGUUGAGCCAAGUCUUGGAACGUAUGGGCUACUUGUAAAUAUAUUUUAUAAAGACAAUCUCCCUCCCACCGACAUGCUUUAUGACAUAAUGGAUACGAUAGAAGGCCAACAUUUUACUAUACAGCACAAAUCGGAUGUUUUCUUUUUCAAGAAUGCUAUGGAUGUGUGUUUUAAGCUGAAAGAUGUUGAACUUGCCUACAGAGUGGAUGAGCUUAUGAACACUAAAGAAAAUUACCGGCUACUAGGAGACAAUUAUCUACAGAAUAUAUAUUAUAGUAAAUUCCUGCAUUUAAUCUGUUCCAUGGAUGGACCAGAAAAUAUGAUAGCUUAUUAUGGGAAACUUGUGCCUUCUGUGCUUUACCCUAAUUCUACCAUAUACAUUGAGUUGCUCCGUUCGUUGGAGACUGCGAUGAGUUACAGCACAAUACCAGCCAUUUGGCAAGAUAUCAGUAAUUAUGGACAGCGUUAUCGGCAAGAACUUGUGAACACAAUCUUGGAAGUGAUGGCGAAUGCUGUGGAAUUGGAUUCAGAGGUUAAAGAAGAAUUUGUCAAAGUUGCCAGAGAUGUGAUGAAGGCUUUUGAAGAAUCACUUACAAAGAGGGACACACCCCUGAGGUGGUCUGCUAGUAACCUAAGUCAUGUACUUAUCAUAUUUAUACAAGGCCAGGAUUUGAAAUUAGCAAGACAAGUAUUACAGAUUUUCCAGCAAAACCAAAUAAUACCAAGCCCAGGGGUUGUGGAGACUUUUGUCGAUGCUUGCAUGAGGAUAAAAAAUAAAGACAUGGCAUAUGAUAUCUUAAAAUUGGCAGUAUCCAACGGAUUGACGUUGGCGUCAAGUCUGUCACAACGAAUCAAAACAGACUUCGACCUCAGUGACGUUGACAAGAAACGUGUUGAAGACAUGUUAAUGGAAGCCGAUCUCAUAUAGCAUCAUACCCUGAUUUCCAUAAGCAUGCCGUAGAUAUGCCUUAAUCAUAAAUUUUCUUACCUCAGCCCUAACCAUGGUGGGGCUGAGGUAGUCUAGACCCCAUUCCCUCCCUGGGUGCCCCCUGUUUCAAAUUCCUAUAUGCGCCAUUCAAAGGCUACCCUACUUGUGCUUAUCAACAGCAUUUAAAUUGCAAAAAUAAAUGUUCUGUACAUAAAAUAACUAGACUAAUAUUGAUAGGGUCACAUGGUGCAAAAAGAUUCAUUUUGUGAUUAUCAUGCGAAGUCUCAUGUAUCCAAGGUCAGUGGUAGCGCCAGGAUUUGCUCGGCGAGUGUCCGCGGUCUCCGAAGGGGAGGGGGGGCGGCGAUGUCCCCUUAAAAAGGUGGGCGUGGUCAUGCGUCGCUCAAAAUUUCCAAAAAGUGUUCCAGGGAGAACGACGAAAAAAGUAGGCGUGGUCGGGCGUCGCUCAAAAUUUCCCGAAAGUGUUCUAGGAGGAGAAGCCACCGAAAAAUAUGACAAUUUAGGGGUUUCAAAUUCUUAUUUAAUCAAUUUUUUAGUCUACUAAUAUGUAGAAAAUUCAUAUACAGUACAUUUUUUUCUCCCCUACGAAUUGAGGUUUUCUCCCCCCCCCCUCAGUUGGUGCCACCCCUGUCCAAGGUUUUACAUUUGCAUUGUAUCCAACUAUUCUCCACAUGUUCCUGGUUGAGAUCUGGCACGAUCUAGCGACACACACAACUACGUCCUCGGAUUCAAAACAAAACUCUCCUUAAAUCUGGUUAUCAAGACUUCUACGGAAUUCUAGCUGUCUAUAUAAUAUACAUUUGGCAGUUGUUGGCAUUUAUGAAGUUGAUUAUAUUAAUCUGCAUAUUGCGAAGACAUAGUCACGCAAUAAGACAAUACUGUCCUAUACUAUGCUACAAGACUUUAUCGUACAAGAUACUGAUGCCCUAUGCUUUCAUUACUUAAUGUAAACCCGUAACAAGACAUUGAUGCUAUAGAAUUUCGUUACAAGACGCAGGUUAAUCAUGCAGCAGUUUUAAUUUAAUUUCAGGUAACUUGAACUCUUUUCAAUGGAUUAGCCUUGACUUUGAUAAAUAAGAAAAUAAAAAAAAUAAAACAGAAG